AUGGAGUCGCACUUGCUGCAGCAGCUCCACGAUGGCCUCAGCCAGGCGAACAACCGGCGGGGCCGCAAAGGCGGCCUUGGGGGAGUCGCUUCUGAGAAGGCUUCCCAGAACAACCACAUUAUGUUCAAUGAAGACGGGAAACCGCAGAGUUCCAGUCUCGCGUGCCUCUUGCUUACAGACACCGCCUGCAGCAUCAUAAGGGCAGCGAACGACACCCAAGAGGCCGAGUCAGAUGGGGAAUCAGAAGCAGAGGCGGCAGCACCAGCAGCAGCAGCAGCUGCUGCUGCUGCUGCAGCCAAGUCCAGAUCGGGCAAGAAAUCCAAGAGGAAACGCGAGUCCGUGGACGACGCAGGGUGUACUGACACCGCGCCUUCAGAAAGCGAAGCACCAGCUCGCAAACAAAAGAAGAAAACAGAGCCCACUACGCUGUGCAGCAGCAGCGCCAGUUCCCCCCCGCUUCCCUCUGCUGCCACAACCCCUGCAGCACUAGUGGCGGGCUGUUCUCUCGUGCGAGUUCAAAUGCAGGGGGGCAAGGCGUCGCUGCGGAGCCACUUGCAGCAGGCCUUCCCCCGCUGCCGCGUCUUCUUGCUGGUUGGCGGCUGCGGGGCUGUCGAUGUGCUGCUGCAGCGCCAGACUAAGACAGACGGGGUGGAGGCAGCAGCCUCGGCCGGCGUGAGGGCUGUGAAGCGCAAGCGGCUCUGGGCUCUGCACUUGCACGGCACUUGUGACUUGCGCAGCGAAAAUGCUGGCGGCCCUUCACUCUCUGGGAUAUUUCGUCUACCCCAAGCCGAAGACAGCGAAUGCGCGGAGCUGCAAGUCAUAAAUGCGGUUUUCGGGAGCGAGGACCUGCUGGCUGGAAGAAGCGGCGUAUGCGAAGUCUGGGGCUUUGCGCUAGACAAACGAGGCGCAUGCAUCUGCCCCUCCGCGUGA